UGGUUGGGUUGUGACGUGAUGAUUGGCGGUCUGAGUGGCUGAUGGGUCGGGUCAGCCAAUCAGGCGCUGAAGCGGAACCAGCCGAGUGACGCUGCGCCUCAGGUGCGGUUUGCCGUGGCUGCGGCUCUGCGACUCCGCCGCGUUCAUGACCAAGCGUCGUGAUGGGGGGGUGGGUAUGAUGGAGAGGGUGAGACAGAGGGUCUGGAGAGGUGUAUAAAACUUGUGGGUUGGGGACGUCGUGACUUUUACCUUCGCUGUAGCACACAGACAAAGUACGGAUCACAAAGUACAACCGCAUCGCAUCGCAGUUCAAGCUUUCCGUUCUCUUGCAUACCACGGACAUCAUACCCGCCAAUCAACACUACCACCUGCAGCCAAUCACAAUGUUCUCCUACCACAGCACUCGCACGCGCGAGCGCAGCCCCCUUUUUGACGACCACGACGACGACUACUACUCCGCGCGCCGCCUCGUGCGCACAAACUCCAAGCGCGCCUACGACGAUGACGACGACGAGUUCGACGACUAUCCCUACACCAACAACCACAAAAACAAGCCCUCACGUGCUCUUACCAUUCGCCAGCCCUCGCAACUAGAGAAGUAUAACGUCUGGUCAAGGCCGGCGUCGUCGUCGCCAAAGCACACAUCGUCAAAGUACUACCGCUCCUCCUUUGACAACGACGAGGACGACGAUCGCACAGUGAGGUACAAGUACACGACCACGCGGUACUCCCCUGCGCACACCCACACCCACACACGCUCCGACGAUGACUCGGACCGCGAGCGCGAGUUCAGGCUCAAAGUCAAAGCCACUUUCGGCCGGCCCAAGUCGAGCCACUCGUCUGAGCGCAAGGCGAUGGCGUGGUCCGGCGACAUGUUUCGCACGCGCGAGAAGUGGGUUGAUGAAGACUGGGAGACGCGCGAGCGGGAGCGGAGGCGGGACUCCUUGUUCGAUGAUGAGCGUGUCGGAGAGAAGAGCGUGCGGUUUCGCCGGGUGAAGAGGACGAAGACGGAAGAAUGGAGGCCAUUGAAUGGCUUUAGGCGGUAGUGGUUUC